AUGCUGAAGUCUAUCGCACUCGUCGCUCUUGUGGGAUCGGCAGCCUGCCAGGUCCAACUCCGGGCCGAUGAGAUUUCUCAAGGCAGGAACACUUUGUACCGCGGAGCUGUACUCGCAAACCAGCAAGCAAAUUACGGUCCUCCCCGACCCUACGAGUACGGCUACCAGCUCGAUGAUUCGAACGGCUCUCACGGCCACGCAGAAAAGCGUGAUGAGAACGGACGUGUCGAAGGAGAGUACUCGAUAAACUUGGGAGACGGCAGAGUACGAGUGGUUAAGUACGUCGCCGACGAGAACGGAUACAGAGCUGACGUGUCUACCGAUGAGCUCGGCACCGAAUCGAAGAACCCCAACGACGUGUACAUCGGUUCUACUGCGAUCUCGGGUUACGAAGCUGCCCUGAGGUACGGACCCUUCGCUCCACCUCACGUGGAGCAGCCCCUGGUCGUUGCAGAAAGACCUCAGGUGCAAGCAAUAAACAGUCAGGUCGCCCUCCCGACGUACGGAACAUUCGCUGGGGGACAGAAUGCCGCGAACCGUCAACAGCGUCAAGGAUAG